CUUUCGCAGACCUUCGCAUAGCGCGCUUGACCGACGCGUUUGUCUGACUCCGAACCGACCUACUGGACCUCGAAAAUUUAAAUUUAAACUUAAAAGUUUCAAACUUGGAACGCUCUAUCUUUUUUAAAGACACCAAAAUUGGAAACAGUCAAAGGAAUAAAUAAGUAUGCAUCUAAAAAAAUACGCGUUCAGUGUGAGUGUGUUACUUCUGUGUGGUUUACAAACUUCGUGGACGGAAAACGAAGCCGCUGCUAUUGAAAGAAUAUUUUCGGCAUGCAAGAAGAAAACCCCAGAAUUCGAUGUCUGCAUGAAAAGAGCCUUCAACAAACUUCGACCGUACUUCAAAGUAGGCAUCCCUGAAAUGGGCGUAGCGCCUUUCGACCCCCAUUUCGCGCGGGAGGUGAAGCAGACCAGAACCAUCUCUGGAAUGGGGUUCACGCUCACCCUUCGCGACGUGUACGAGAAAGGCUGGAUCACUUCUACCGUCACCAAAUACAAGACUGACUGGGAUAACGAGCGCAUUAUUUACUCACAAUAUUUCCCUGAAAAAUGGUUAAAUGGUGACUACGAAUUCAAAGGCGACGCUUUCGGCCUCGGCGUGAUACGGACCGGACGAUGGAACCUGACAUUGCGCGACUACUCCCAGACGACGCGAAUCAAGCGCAGCGGCGCAGGAGUCGACGUGCACGUGGAGGUCGACCACAUUGGCGAUAUGGAGAUACACGUCGGCAACUUGUUGAGGGGCAACGGCAUUUUGGAGCGAAUGCUGGACCGAGUGAUCAACGCGACGUGGAAGCCAGGGUUUGCGGUGAUCCGGCCGCUCAUCAACGACCUCGUCAGCACCGCCUUCACGGACAUCUGGUCGCACUCCUUCAAGAACUUCCCCUUGGACCAGUUCAUCAAAGAUUGAGUGAACUAAAGAACAAUUAUAGACUGUGAUACAUCUGCAAUAGCCUCGAUAAACUUAGACAGUUUUCUAGAGUUUAAUUUUUACGCAUUACCUACGUAAGAAGCUGCACUAAGUAUGUCGGUACCAGGCUUUUCAUUUCUUAGUGAAAGUGUAUAAUAGGACCAACAAAGGAAAACAGAAAGGAAAAUCCUUCAGCUUGUAUGAUGAUAAAGCCAUAGCAAAAUCGUGCCAGUAAUAGGUUUAAACAAUUGUGAUUGCAGUUAUGUUGUA